ACCCCCCCCCCCCCCCCCGGCGCGCCUGUCGCUGUUGGACGGCCGCGAUUUACAAAUCGCGUUCUACCCCUCCCCCAUGAGCCUCGUCGCGCACCGUCCCCGCCAUCCCGCCAUCCGCAGGCCCCGACAUCGCCUUGUGCUCGUCUCGACGCAAACCUACCAAGACUUCUGACCACAAUGAGUUUGCGGAAACAAACCCCAAGUGAUUUUCUGAAGCAGAUCAUCGGUCGCCCUGUGGUGGUGAAACUCAACUCAGGGGUGGAUUACAGAGGGGUUCUGGCCUGCCUCGAUGGCUACAUGAACAUUGCCCUGGAGCAAACGGAAGAGUAUGUCAAUGGACAACUAAAGAACAAAUAUGGUGAUGCCUUCAUCAGAGGAAACAAUGUCCUUUACAUUAGCACCCAGAAGAGGAGAAUAUGAGGUGCAAGUUACAACAAGAUCCAGCAGUGAAAAAGAAAAGGAUCAAAUAUGUGCUCUGAUGUGCAUCACCUGUAUUUUACUUUUUGAAAAAUAUCAAGAAUUUAGUAUUUUUAUAUUCUUUGUAAAAGUGCAAGGUAGUUAUUUACUGCAUCUAAAGUCAAACCAUUUUUUGUCAAUCUAAAUGGAAAAAAAUACUAAUUUAAAUGUAUCUACCAUUGCAUUUCUUGUUUUUGUCUUUGCUUUUUGAUGUGUAACUUUUGGGGGAUUUUAUACCCCAGGCAUAUGACUUUUGCAACUGGAGAGUGUCUCAUACAAGUACAACUGUUGGAUAACUAUGACUUUGUUGAUUGAUCAGUAAAUACAAGAAUUGAGAGUACCAAAA